ACUGAUCAGAGAUCAGCUGUAGACUACACUAGUAGCCGCCAGUCUGCCGUUUCUAUCGUUUUCAAUCACCAGAUCCUUUCGUGUGAUUUUCCACGACCCUCUGUCACCUCGGAAUCUCCUUGUGACUUACCGCACUCUCGGCCAUUCGCGGUGAUUUCUUCCAAUGGCGUCCGUCCUGGCACCGCAUUGCGUCUCGACUGACAUUCGAUCGGCAUCAUUGCUGCAAUCCUGGCGCCGAUCCACGUCAGCCGAGUCUCAAGCGUCAGGCUUGUCGUCGCGAUCCUGGUUGGCAUCUCGCCAGCUGCAUUUGCGAACGUCGCCAAUCUCAUCGCCAGGAUGCUCGAAAUUUCGCGGUCAGGCACGCGCAACCCUUGAUUCCGUAUCCCCCUCCUCCCUCCCACCAGCGAGUACAGCAGCAGCCGCCACGCGAAGGGACCUCCUCACGUCUACCGCCACUCUCUCCGCCGCGUUGCUCGCGCAGCCGCUGCUUCCGGGCUUAGCCGUCGCUGACGAGGCGGCGAGCGUGGCUGAAGCGAGCGUGAUUGUAGGAGAACCCGCACCAGCGGCAGCAGCAGCAGCAGCGGCACCCGAAGCAUCCCCAGCACCAGCGCCGGCAGCAACACCAGCGUCAACCCUAGAAGCGGGCUCCUUGCCCUCUACCACCCCAAACAGCAGCACCAGCAGCAGCAGCAGCAGUCCCACCACUCCCACCCAGUCUUCCAACCAACCUCCCACCCCGCCUUCCUCCCAGCCUCCCUCCCCACCCACCACGCCCACACGGCCCUCCUCAUCCUCCCCGCCUCGCCCUGCCAGCGAAGUCCUCGACGUCGCCAGCUGGCAGCGAGUGCGCGGCGACGAUUUCGCCGUGCGGUUACCACCCGGUUUCGUCGACGUUACGCCGCAGCCCGACGAAGAGGAGCUCAACGCCCCCAUGUCAACUCUGGGCCUCGAAAAUCGGGCAAAAAAAAACCCGCUGCUUGCCCGGUUUGUCUCCCCGGACGAAUCGGAAGUAAUCACGGUAAUUUACCGCCGAGCAGCUGACGUAAAACUUUCGUUCUUCGAGCCCAAAGAUGUUUCUGAUUUCGGCCCGAUUGAGGAAGUGGCCAAUCUCUUCGUGCCACCUGGCUCGAGGGUAUUGGCCAAACGGGCUUUCACGGCUACACCCAGGCGUGCGACACGGACGUAUUAUUUGUACGAGUUUGUAACGGGAAAGGGUCCCAAGGCGUUGCAUGGGGCGAUGAGUGUGAGUGUAGCGAGGGGUCAGGUUUACCUGAUGGCUGCCACUGCUCCUGAGGACAAGUGGCGGCCUGCUGCUGCCAGGCUCAGGGCUUCUGCUGGGGCGUUCCUGCUGGUGAUUUAAGGAGGUGUGAUUGUAGCAGGAGCAGGGGAGGGGACGAGGGGUUGGGAGUGUGUCGAGGCGAUAGGUGUAUCUGAUGGCUGCUACUGGGCCUGAGGACAAGUGGAGGCCUGCUGCUGCCAGGCUCAGGGCUGCUGCUGGGGCGUUCCUGCUGGUGAUUUAAGGAGGUGUGAUUGUAGCAGGAGCAGGGGAGGGGAGGAGGGGUUGGGAGUGUGUCGAGGGGACAGGUGUAUCUUAUGGCUGCUACUGGGCCUGAGGACAAGUGGAGGCCUGCUGCUGCCAGGCUCAGGGCUGCUGCUGGGGCGUUCCUGCUGGUGAUUUAGAAGGAGACGUGAAUGUAUCAAGUGCAGUAGUGUCAAGAGCAGGGGUAGUAGAGAGCAGGGGGUGUGAGUGGAGCGAGGGGUCAGGUGUCUCUGAUGGCGGCUACUGCUCCCGAGGACAGGUGGAGGGCGGCUGCUGCAAGGCUCAGGGCUGCUGCUGCUGGGGCGUUCCUGCUGGUGAUUUAACACAACGUACUUGUUGCAGGAGCAAGAGGGUGGGUGUGGGUCUAGCGAGUUGUGCAUGUGCAGGGAGAAGUCUGCUGAUGCGAGGCUCAGGGCUGCUGCUGGGGCGUUCCUGCUGGUGAUUUAAUAAAGUGCUUGUAGCAGGAGCAAGAGGGUGGGUGUGGGUGUAGCGAGUGGUACACGUGGAGGUGGAAGGCUGCUACUGCCAGGCCCAGGGUUGCUGCUCCUGGGCGUUCCUGCUGGUGAUUUGAAGGAGAUGUGAUUGUAUCAGGAGCAGGGGAGGGCAGGAAGGGGUGUGAUUUUAGUGAAGGUAGAUGCAUGGCUGCCUGUUUCUGACAGCAAGUAAAGGGGGUGGGGGGAUUCAAACAAAACACAGUUACGGAGGGGGGCCGUCCUGAGGAGAUGCAAGACUCCCAUGCUCAGAAGAUGCAAGAGGCUCCAGGCUAAGAAUAGCAGUGGGAAUUUUUAAGGUAGUGGGCUUUUACGAGUAUUCAUAGUGGUUUUUAGGAGGAAUACCUUCUGGUACUACUACACCAGGGUUUCACUGACCUCCCAUUCGUCGUGCCUUAUGUGCAAGUUGCUCGCUCUCUUCUGUUUGAUGAAACACUUCGCUGAGAGCAGGCCCCCAAAUUGGUUUUGGGGUUGUCUGAUUCAU